GUACCGUGUGAUAUAUAAACAUUAAACAUGUGAUGGUUUUGUCAGUUGUCGAGCUUUGGUGUAUUGGUGUUUGCCGUCCGGUGCUUGGUAGGCAUUUGUUAUUUUGUUGUUUUUGCCUGACCGUGUAAACUUUUGAAGAUUAUUGUCAGUUGCCACUUACCAGCCAGUCGCCGGUCGUGUACCCAGUCAAUAAUAACAAAUUGGAGUGACGGAGUGCAACACUAUUGAGUUAGGUGUACAUACGUUGUAGGAGACCCGGUAUUAACUGUCGAGCUGUUGGUUCAAGUGGGCCAAUGUUGACCGAACGGGAGUAUAGUUUAAUCAAAUCAUGUCAGUAACGUGAAACAAUGUGGUUUGUCGACAGUGAUAACUGUUGGGCAUUGGUGACAUUGAACUGUUGCUGUUGAUGUUGGAUGUGAAGAACAAGCAGAUUAUACCAUGACGAGCUUCACUGAAGGAGGUCUGAACAAGCGACUGAAAGAACUGAACUCGUCUCAGCAGAGUAUACAGACUCUAUCUCUUUGGUUGAUCCACCAUAGAAAGUAUGCUCAUACUGUUGUCAAGAUUUGGUCUAAAGAAAUAUUGACAGGCUCAGAAUCCAAACAAUUGACUUUAAUGUACUUGGCUAAUGAUGUUAUUCAGAAUAGUAAAAAGAAAGGUCCUGAGUAUGGACUAGAAUUUGGCAAAGAACUAGCCAAAGCAUUUAAGCAAAUAUCUUUAAAUAACUGUUCUUCCAAGACCAGGCAGAAUUUGACACGGCUGUUGAAUAUAUGGGAAGAAAGAGGUGUUUACAGUAAAACUCAAAUAGACGAAUUUAAGGACGCUUUUGGUAAUGAAACAGUAAAAAAUUCUACUGAGGAACCACCAAUUAAAAAAGUAAAACAUUCACAUAAUCAUAAACCAAAGAAGACAAAAUCUCAAAAUAAUGGCAUAAAGAAAGAUAAAGAAAUUGUUAUUGAAGUGGAUGGUACCAAAGAAUUGCAUGUGACUUUAUCUCCUAAAACUCCUGUCAAUGAUCCUCCUGAACCAGAAGAAUUAAUUAAAGCUUUAAAUGAUUUAGAAAAUGCCCCUUCGUGUGAUGCGGUUGUACGAGAACGAAUUUCUAAACUUCCUCCAGAAAUUGCUGAUGUCAGUUUACUCUCUCAGUUAAAAGGUAAAGAUGAAGGUGAAGAACUUUUACGUAAAGUAAAUGAUGCUGUUGCAUUGUUGACCGAUUAUAACACUAGACUGGUGUGUGAAAUGGAAGACCGCAAGAAGGUCUCUUCUAUGUUGCACGAUUUCAUUCAAUCUCAAAGAGACCUUAUUGACCAAGCAGAACAAAGAUUACAGGAAUACCAAGGUAAACUUCAAAAAGUUUGCCAAGUCCGACAAGAGGUUAACACGCACUUACAAAAUCUACCGGAUUUAGCACAAUUGCCCAGUGUUAAAGGCGGCCUCGCUCCUCUUCCGUCAGCGGGCGAUUUGUUCACAGUGGGUUGAUGACUAUUUUGGCUGUACCUUAUCACUUACCCUGGUCAAAUAUGUGUCUAGGAUUACGCACGCUCAUCCCAAGUGUUAUGAGUUACAUAAAAACGUGUUUGAAUCUAAAAACAUGACUCCCUGGUUAUAAUGUGUAUUAGUUAAAUUGUAUUAUGUAAAAUAAUAUGGCAUUUGAUAAUAAUUUUCUUAUUAUUAAUCAUUACACGAUUUCAAUAUUUUUAUUAAGUCUAUAUCAUAUAUUUUAAUGUAAUGUAUUUUACAGUUCUCAAAGUGUAUAAUUAUAUGUUAUAAUUAAUAUUAAAUUUGUCAUUAAAAAAAAAAAAAGUUUUUAUGGUAACAA